AUGGCCCCCUCGCGGUACGCUUGCACAAUCGAAGGGUGUGACUUCUACGCCAGGAGCAAGGGCGGACUCACUCAGCAUAACAACCUCAUCCACCGUCGCAUCAUCCGCACGCGCCGCUGGCAUGUUCCAGCACCUCCUUUGGCCAGCCAGCCUCCGCUUCAGCCCCACUCUCAGCCACAACCUUCGCCACCUCCCUCACUUCCGACACCACCACUGUCAGCAUCAGCAUCACCACCCCCACCCCCACCUCCGCCAUUCACACCACCUCCAUUCUUCCCGCCCUCUUCCUCUCCGCCCCGCUUCCUGUCUCCAAUCGUCUUCAGUGCCACCGAAAACCAUGACGAGAGCCACAAGGAUAAUAGAACACCACCUUCCUCGCCUCGUGAAGAAGACACAUCAGCAGCAGAUGUUGACCAUGCCAUCGGUGAACAGGUUGACAUGGGGCCAUUACAACGCCUCUUCCACAAGUAUUUGACCGCUCGGAAAUGUUCGCCUGACGGUGACUCUCUACCACCGGAUGCUCCUCCAUCUCCACCCCCAAGUCGGCCGAAAGGGGACUGGUUCCCUUUUCGUAACCAACUCGAAUUCGAGACAGCCGACCUCUGCUAUCGACGCGUUCAAAUGUCAGCAACCCACAUUGACGCCCUCUGCAAGAUCUGGGCUGCAAGUCUCGCAGAGCAUAACGCUCCACCAUUGUGUGUUGACCAUACCAAGAUGUACGAGGCCAUUGAUGGCAUCGAGAAUGGAGAUGUCGCAUGGCAGUCAUUUCACGUCACAUACCAAGGCCCACGACCCGAGCGUGCCAUACCCUCGUGGAUGGAGGCAUCAUAUGAUGUCUGGUUCCGCGACCCACGUGAGAUCCUCAAGAAUAUCCUCGGCCGCCCGGACCUCAAAGACGACAUUGACCUGACCCCCUACCGCGACUACGACAGCACAGGAAUUCGACAGUACGGAAAUCUCUUCUCGGGUGACUGGGCAUGGGACCAGGCGACAAGGAUAGCCAAUGACGUGCACACUCACGGGGCAACUUUUGUUCCCUUCGUGUUGGGUAGUGACAAAACAACAGUGUCUGUCGCAACCGGCCAAUCAGAGUAUUAUCCUCUUUAUAUUUCCCCCGGUAACAUCCAUAACUCUACUCGACGCGCUCAUUGUAACGCUGUCGCUCUUGUUGGAUUUCUAUCAGUUCCGAAAACCGACGAAACGUGCUCCGACGACCCUCACUUCCGUCAUUUCCGCCGCCAACUCUACCACACAUCUAUCUCCACAAUCCUUCAAGUCUUCAAGCCAGGCAUGACAUGUCCCGAGGUGAUCCGAUUUGGCGACGGGUAUCAUCGCCGUGUCAUAUGGGGUGUUGGACCAUACAUCGCUGAUUACCCCGAGCAAGUCCUUCUUGCUGGCGUCGUCCAAGGGUGGUGUCCCCGGUGUCUCGCACGUCCCCAACAGCUUGAUGGUGGUGCACUACGCCGGUGCCGCGAACAUACCGAAGCACUCGUUGAAGAGUUGCAUCCAGGAACAUUGUGGGAUACAUACGGGAUCAUAUCAAACGUAGUGCCUUUCACGAAUGAUUUUCCGCGCGCCGACAUCCACGAACUUAUUGCCCCCGAUAUCCUACAUCAGCUAAUCAAAGGAACGUUCAAAGAUCACCUUGUUGACUGGGUCACCAAGUACCUCAAGGCCAGCUAUCCGAAGCGCGAGUACAAGAAGAUAUUAGCUGACAUAGACCGCCGGAUUGCUAUAGCUGCCCCAUUUGCCGGAUUACGACGAUUCCCUCAAGGUCGAGGUUUCAAGCAGUGGACAGGAGACGACUCGAAGGCGUUGAUGAAAGUAUACCUACCUGCUAUCGAGAACCACCUUCCCGACGACAUGGUCCGCGCUGUUCGCGCAUUCCUCGAGUUCUGUUACAUAGUCCGGCGCAACACUCUCACCGACACGGACAUCACCGAGCUCGAGCGCGCACUAGCAGAGUUCCACCAUCACAGGACCAUUUUUGAGGAGUCCGGCGUUGCUGCGUCCCUCUCUCUUCCCCGCCAGCAUUCACUCGUCCACUACAUCCACCUCAUCCGGCAAUAUGGGGCCCCGAAUGGCCUCUGCUCGUCCAUUACCGAGUCAAAACAUAUCGAAGCCGUCAAAGAACCGUGGCGGCGCUCGAGCCGCUUCGACGCUCUCGGGCAAAUGUUGGUCACAAACCAGCGCCUUGACAAGUUGAAGGCUAUCCGCAUUGACUUUGCUGCUCGCGGCAUGCUCAAUCCAAUAUUCCUUCCUGCCCCGCUUCGUGCUCUUCAGGAUCUUACCGAGGGUAAUCACUUUCAAGAGCCGCCUCCAGCUCCUGAAAACGCGUUACAGUUUCACGAGCCUAGGUCACGUUCGGUGGAAGAGUGCGAGGAUGAGCCUCAGAUCGACGGGACUACGUUGAUGGCAGAAGUGAAUUUGGCGGCAAAAUCCAAUCCAGCCCGCUCGCGUACCUUUCAGGAUCUCGCCGACGAAAUCAACGUUCCAAACAUCAGGCGCCUAACACGUCGCUUCCUUUAUUCCCAACUCCACCCCAACGUCACACUUCGCACCGCUCGCUCAGUACCCCCUCAAGACCUUCCUAAUAUCCCUGACAAACUCCGAGUCUACGACUCCGCCGUGUCCGUAUUUCGUGCCCCAAGCGACUUGUGCGGUUCCUCGGGACUAAGACGCGAGCGCAUUCGUUCCACGCCAGUAUGGCGAGGGGAGGCGGCUCGUUACGACACUGCAUUUAUCAUGACGCAGCCGGACGUCGCCGGGAUCUUCUCGAUGGAGGUUGCGCGCGUCCUCGCGUUCUUCUCGUUCAAACAUCAAGACAUUGUGCAUCCGUGCGUCGUCGUGCACUGGUACAACUGGUACGGCGACGCUCGCGACGAUAAGACAGGCAUGUACAUGGUACGGCCGUCGUUCAACAGCACCGGAUCAAAGCACGUCGAAGUCUUACACGUUGAUUCGCUCGUCCGAGCCGCCCAUCUCCUCCCCUUCUUCGGAGAGCAACUCGUACCUAAGGAGAUGACUUGCCAUCAGUCUCUAGAUUCAUUUGAGCUUUUCUACGUUAACCGAUAUGCCGACCACCAUGCAUUCGAAAUUGCCUAG